GCCGGGUUAGUUACGAUCUCAGCUAUGAGGCGGCCGCUGCUCCUCCUCCUCUGGGCGCUGGUGGCCGGCGCGGGGGCCGGGAUCCCCCCGCACGAGGACACGGCGCGCGUGGCCCGCUACGUGGUUCACCAGUGCGACUGGGGCGCGCUGGCCACGCUCUCCGCGCGCGAGCCGCUGCGGGGCCGCCCCUUCGCCAACGUCUUCUCGCUGAGCGACGGGCCGCCCGGGCCCCGCGGCAGCGGCGUCCCCUACUUCUACCUCACCGCGCUCGAGGUGUCCGUGCAGGACCUGCAGGUGGAUGCAAAUGCCUCCCUAACAGUGUCUUUGGCACAGACUCCUUACUGCAAGAAGAAAGGCUAUGAUCCCCAGAAUCCCCUGUGUGCCCACAUUAUCUUCUCUGGGACAGUUGAUAAGGUGAAUGAUACAGAAGCUGUCUUUGCGAAGGUAGCAUUAUUCAGUCGACACCCUGAGAUGGCAAGCUGGCCUCGAGAUCAUAACUGGUUCUUUGCCAAAUUCAACAUCACCAAUAUCUGGGUCCUGGACUACUUUGGUGGGCUGAAAACUGUGACUCCACAAGAAUAUUACAAUGUCACACCUUGGUAGAAGAAAAUCCUGGAUAUUAUGGGCAUACAAACUAAGUUCCUGGCCUUUCGCCAUGCUUUCUGUUUCAAGGGAAACUAUCUUCUCAUUAACUCCUAGAGCUCAGUUAAUAUGGCAAAAAAAAAAUCACAGAUGUGCUCAAUUUUUAAUGAGCUUGCUUUGGGUAUACUCCCACCUGUUUGUAUUCACAUCUCACAAACAUUUGUGUGAUUGAGCUUGUACUGGCAAUAAUGAUGAUCACACAAGUGAAUUUCCAAAUCUCGUGCGAGUAUGCCGGUUGAGGAAAAUGUGUUAAUCGGGACAUAGCCCUGGGUAGGCCACACCCAAGCCUACACAAAUCUGAGCCCACGUGAAUCCCUUCCCUCCCCUGUUCCAGGGAAUGGAGAAGGAAAUGGAAAGUCUCUGUUCUUCCCUCCUCUCCUUAACUUUUCUGGAUUGGCUAGUAACUGCCUCCCCCAACAGGGAGGGAGGGGGCCUACUAGUAGGGGGAACACAGCUGCCCUGCAUGGUCAUAUAAAGACACAUUAUAGCCCCCAGGGACUCGGGAGGGUGGAGUGCUGUGCACCCAGUGGCGUCAGGGAUCGGCGCCAAAUGGCGUUAGCUACAGAACAGAGAAACAGGCUGCUGCUUCUGCCAUGUGAAGCCCAGUCUAGCUCUCUCAUCAUUGCCCAUCUCCAUAAAUUGGGGCCCCGUCAAAUUUCUGUUCCUAGCUGUGCUACUGAUGUUAAUCACAACUAAUCAGCACAGUUUAAAGCAUAUGUCUGAGCACAAACAGUUUUGCAAAUAUCAAUCUGUAUGGUUUUAAACAAUUAUGUCUAAUAAAUAAGGCUAAGAUUUGGUCAUGGGUGUUUUUAGUAAAACUCAGAGACAGGUCACAGGCAAUAAACAAAAAUUCAGGGCCCUCACUUGUCCAUGACUUUUGCUAUAAAUUCCCCUGAGUAAUUCUUAGCUGUUCCUAGGGUGCUGCUGUUUGGACAGCCCUGGGGUCAGUUGCACUGGCCGCUGCAGCUGUGGAUGUCAUGGAGGUCACAGAAUCUGUGACCCCUGUGACAGACUUGCAGCCUUAUUAAUAACUCGGGUUAUGAUUUGUUGUGGAUUGUCUGCAUGCAGAAAAGGGCUAAGUUUAUCUAAAACUACUUGAGUAUUAGCUCAGUUGUGCACAUUUCUGUGCCUUAAUUAAAUCAUUUCUGUUUGUGGGCUCUCUGAUAUUUUAAGAAGUUCUCUCUUUCUAGUUAUGUUCUGGGUCAUAGUCUUUGAGGCAGAGUAAACUGUAACCAGCUACAUUCUUCAGUGUGGCCCAGGGCUGACAUCAUCUAGAAUAUGGAAUUAACUAAUCACAUCAAGUUGGAGAGUGAAUUCCUGGGGACCUGAAGGCUCCAGGAACCUCAGUUGCACAUUAUUGAUGCGUACAGCUGCAGUCUGAAACACUUUCUGUUUAGGUACUUGUAUAGCUCUCAUCAUUAUAAUACAGUGAUACUUAGACCUCAGUGGUUCAGGAGCCAGAUUUGCGAUCAACAUUACCCAAAAGGGCUGCAGUAGUGUGAAUUCCUUGUUUCGUUUACUGUUCUCACAGCAAAACGAUUGACCAGAUAGUCUACAAUUGGUUAAUAAUAUAGUAAAAGAAUCCUGAUUGGUUAAUAACUUAGAUUUGAAAUCACAAUGUUUUAAUAUCCUGUACUGCAGAGAGUCACAGGAGACACGUUGAAGAGCCAUUCAUGGCUCCGAAGCCUCAGUCUGAGUAUCACUGCUAUAGUGUGUGUCUCUUAUAAAAACGGAAUGUAUCCCUCAGGCUCCUGACAAGUUGCUGACAUAGCUUUAAGUUGGGCAAAGCUUAUGUGCCCUUAAUUCUUUACAAAUAAGAUGCUAUGAAUAGUGAAAAUGUCUGAUACUUACUGUCAGUUACUAAUUCUUCUGCUAUUGAAAAGUUCACCAUAUGAAUGUUAAAUCCAGUCUUCAUUCUGGAAUUCCUCUUCUAAGGCCUGGUCUACACGAGGGGGGGAGUGAAUCUAUCUAAGUUACGCAACUUCAGCUAUAUGAAUAAUGUAGCUGAAGUCGACGUACUUAGAUCUACUCACCACAGUGUCUUCGCUGCAGUGAGUCGACAGCUGACACUCCCCCGUCGACUCUGCCUGCACCUCUCUUUCUGGUGGAGUACCCGAGUUGACGGGAGUGUGCUUGAUUUAUUGCAUCCUGACUAGAUGCGAUAAAUCGACCCCUGCUGGAUUGAUCGAUGCCCAUUGAUCCUCUGGGUAAUGUAGACAAGUCCUCAUUACUUGUCCCCUACAUAGCAUUUGGCUUGUGAGUUUAGUGUAGGCACUGUGAAAAAGGGGUCCAUUAUUUACUAGUAGUGUCUAACUUCUGAAUCCAUGAAGAAAAGUCUUUUGCUUUAUAAAUCUAAUCAAUUGAUAGUUGAACAACUUUAUUUUCUCCCAACAAUAGAACUGGUUUGUGAGGCAGGUAUUUUUAAGCAUAUAAGGAACUUUUCAGUGAGUAACCCAAAAGUGGGGAAGAGGUUUAUGAAAUGUAGUAUAGCUGUUUCAUCCUUUUGAAGUGGUCUUAGUUCACAUUAGCUAAUGAAAACACUUAUGAAAAACUUAGUUCCUUGCUCUUUGUGUCCCUCCGUCAAGCAGAAUUGAAUUACAGAAUUAAGCCUGUAUUUGUGUCCUAUCUGAUCUCCCAAGUGCUAAGUUCACAGGAAGUAUCAGAAAGGACCACCUCAGCAGAUUAAUUUAAAUUGAGCUUAUAAUGAGGAAGUAUUGUCUGGUGGCUAGAGCAAGGGACUUGAGAAUCAGGAUGCCUUAGUGAGUCAUAGCAGGCACAGAAAUAGAACAGUGUCCAUAGUUAAAUUGUGUAACCUCUCCUCUAUAGCGUGGCUGUAUUACUAUUUACCUUAUAAAGUGUUGGAAGAUUUGUAAAUCACUUUGAUUAUCUCUGAUAAAUUAUCAGUCUGCUGUAGGUAAACUUCCUUUUCCUUCUAUGUAAAGGGAAAAUCUAGCCAGGUUACUACAUUUUGAAACACUUUUGGUAAACUAAUUGGGAAGAUAAUUGGGAACUGAGGAAGCUUGCAAUUUGGAAAUGACUCGUGCUGGAUAGAUAAUGCUGAAUCUAGAUGCAGAAUGAGCAAAUAAUUUUAUGUUUAAAUAUAUAUUUUAAAAAAUUGGAGAGCUCUCAAGUGACUCUAAAUUGUCAGAAGGACUCAUUGCAUCCAUUCCAAUGGAAGUCCUUGGAUGUUCUUCUUGUGCUUCAGGAGAGUGACUUAUGACUCAGUAUAUUUUAUUCUGUGUGAACAACCUCUGGUGCUGGACAUUCAUAACAAUUAAAAUCUAUUUUUAUGGUAAA